AAUUUAGUAGCUAUACAACACUGGUGUUUGGCCGAGAAUUUUGCAGCUUUUAUUGUUUAUAACAUUUGUUUUGUUUACACCCACACAGAAAGAGCAAACGAGACAAGAGCCAAAAGGAAGAUUAUGGAUAAUUAACAAAAACAAAGAAAUCGGAAAAACAGAACUGUUGUUGUUGUAGACAAAAGGAGGCAGGCGGCGGCGUGAAGCAGACGAAGUGGCAACCCUAAACACCCACAAAACGACGCAUUUAAUUCAAUGUUCUCCAACGGAUUGCCCUGCAAUCUUUCAUUUCCAAGCUGUCUAAGUGUACCAAAAGACGAAAUUGGUAAUGAAGAGCUACUGCCCGCAAAUAUGGGUACUCGUGAGCCUGUUAUAUUGAAUGUCUAUGAUAUGUACUGGAUCAAUGAGUACACCACAUCCAUUGGUCUGGGCGUAUUUCAUUCCGGCGUUGAGGCAUUUGGCACUGAAUUUGCAUAUGGUGGCCAUCCAUUUCCGUUUACGGGAGUCUUUGAAAUCUCACCACGUGAUCAUGAUGAAUUAGGUGACCAAUUUCAAUUUCGUCAGAGCAUACAAAUUGGUUGUACCGAUUUUACCUAUGAAGAAGUCCGACGAAUUGUUGAAGAAUUGGGUAAUCAAUUUCGUGGCGAUCGUUACCAUUUGAUGAACAAUAAUUGCAAUCAUUUUUCGGGCAAUUUAACACAGAUACUUUGCGGCCAAGAAAUACCCAGCUGGGUCAAUCGUUUAGCGCAUUUUAGCUCCUGUGUGCCAUUUCUACAAAGAUGUUUGCCAAAAGAAUGGCUAACACCGAAUGCCUUGCAACAAAGCAUAAGCACAAUCCAAGAGCGCGAAGACUCCGAUACCAAUCCCCUUUGAGAUUAUACCUGAAUUAUCCCCCAAAAACGAAACAUAAAAAGCAUAGUUCAUAUUAUCCUAACUACUUCCUCCUUCUCCUUAAAGAAAAAAACAAAAACUCUAUUACAACAAAUUGUUUAGUUAAAAGAAAAGAAAACAACCAACAAAGUAAAAUAUUUAAGAGAAAUAAUAUGAUAAAAACCAGCCAAGAACCCGCGAAAAAUAUAUAGAUAUAAAUAAACAAAAAAAAAGAAACUAGCUUAAGUAAUUAUGAAAUGCAAAUAAGAAGAGAAGAGAAGAGCGUUAAAUUCGCAAGAAAACAAAAACUCUCUAAAUUAGUUAUGAUGGGGAACAUGAUGAAUUGGCUCUAUGUAAUUUGUAUAAUGACUAUUCAGAAUUUAAGAAUUAUAAUUAAGAUUGGAUAAUUUAAGUAGCAGAGAUGAUCGAUCAGAUGAUUUUAAAGCUAUAUUCAACAAAACUCACACAACAAAAACACACACACAUAUACACAUCGAGUAAACAAAAACAACAAACAACAACAAUUACAUAUUGAUAUCGAUAUCAUUGCUGCUAGAUUGAUUAAUUGAUUGAUUGAUAAAUGCUCCCUUUUUGAAAUUCUCUAUUAUCCUAUCUAUUUAUCUCUUAAUGUAAACUAUAUACAUCUGUAAUUUUCUUUUUUGUCUUUGUCGAAUAUUUAUAAAUCAAAUUUAUGUGUUAUGUUUUUUCUACAAUUUCCUGUUCAGUUUUAGUCGCAUUAUUUAACAAACAAAAAAAACAAAAAAAUUAUACACCAAAUUACACGGAUUUGUUAUCAAUAAAUAUAUAUAUAUAUUAUUAUUAUGUA